CUCUCUCUCUCUCUCUCAGAAUUAGAACGGUCUUCUACUUCUUCCACCGAGCCUUAAAAAGCCCUAACUUUUUUAUUUUUUAUUUUUAAAAUAUUAAUUUGUUGAAUAAGCAAUGGAGCUUCGUCCUCGAAGGCGAAUCUCCAAAUCUCCUAUCGAUGAAGCAAGCGAUGUGGAAAUACUACAGCUUAGUGACGAUAGCUCUAUCGAAUCGGGCUCUGAUUCCGAAAUUUUUGUGCCGUCCGAUACCAGUGAUGAAGAUGAAGACUAUGGCGGGAGAGGUGAUUUGGACUUGAACCAGAAACCAAAAGCUACAACCAAAGUUGAUGAUUGGGAAGAUAAUGGUUAUGGAUUUGAGAAUUAUGAUGAGCCUUCAAGAAAAAGGAGGAAGAAAGGGGGAGAGAAGAAAACAGUGGAGCGUGGAGGACCGAGUUGGGAAGGGAACUUGGUGGAGCAUGGAGAACAGGUUCGGGAAGAUAAUGCAGUGCAUCAUGGAGGUGUAGAUGGUAACCAAUUUACUCAGCAAGGAGCUGUCGAAAUUGAUUUCCUUGGGCUGAGCAAGAAGAAGACAUACAAAAAGAGGACAAAAAAUGGUUCAAAGCCAAUCCUUAUGUGGAAUCUAUGGGAAGAAGAGCACGAGAGAUGGAUUGAUGAAAAUUUGACGAAAGAUUUUGAUUUGGGUUGUCAGAAUGAAGUGAUAAUUGAAACUGCUGAGGCUCCGCCUGAAUUGAUCAUGCCCUUGCUAAGAUACCAAAAGGAAUGGUUGGCUUGGGCUUUGAAACAGGAAAAGUCUGCAACAGGAGGGGGAAUUCUUGCGGACGAGAUGGGGAUGGGGAAGACCAUUCAAGCAAUUGCACUUGUCCUUGCCAGACGGGAAAUCCACAGGAUUUGUGAACCUGAUAAACCCUCUACAUUACCAGGUCCAUCCGAAGGUUUGCCUGGAAUUAAAGCCACCCUUGUAAUUUGUCCUGUGGUUGCUGUGAGCCAGUGGGUGAGUGAGAUUGAUCGGUUUACUUCAGAGGGAAGCACCAAGGUGCUUGUUUAUCAUGGGGCCAAUAGAGGGAAGAAUUCUAAACACUUCAGAGAUUAUGAUUUUGUCAUAACAACAUACUCUAUUGUUGAGGCUGAGUACAGAAAGCACAUGAUGCCUCCCAAGAAGAAGUGCCUUUACUGUGGCAGGUCAUUUUAUGAUAGGAAGCUGUCAAUGCACUUGAAAUAUUUUUGUGGGCCUGAUGCUGUUAGAACAGAGAAGCAAUCUAAACAAGCCAGGAAAAAAGGGAAAAGUGUAAUGUCAAAUCAGAAAAUGGAAUCUGCUGAAGACAAGAUGAAUGAAUGUGAUGGCAAGAAAAGGAAGGGAGCUUUUAAGAAGACAUCAUACCAGCAAAGCAAAGAGAAGGAUAUGGGAAUUAGAUUUGGAAAUGAAAAUUCAGAUGGUGUCGAAGGUUCUUCCAGAGGGAAAUCCUUUUUGCAUGCUGUGAAAUGGGAACGUGUAAUUCUGGAUGAGGCACAUUAUAUAAAAGCUAGACAUUGUAAUACAGCAAAAGCUGUUCUUGCUUUAGAGUCUUCAUACAAAUGGGCUUUAAGUGGUACUCCCCUUCAGAACCGUGUUGGAGAACUUUACUCUUUGGUUCGGUUCCUGCGAAUAAUUCCGUACUCUUAUUACUUGUGUAAAGACUGUGAUUGCAGAACACUUGAUCAUAGUUCUUCAAAAGAAUGUUCGAACUGUUCUCAUAGUUCGGUGAGGCAUUUUUGUUGGUGGAAUAAAUAUGUGGCUACACCAAUACAAAUAUAUGGAAAUGGUGAUGGGGGACGAAGAGCCAUGAUUUUGCUCAAACACAGAAUUUUAAAGAACAUAGUGCUAAGACGCACAAAAAAAGGCAGGGCUGCUGACCUGGCACUUCCCCCCAGAAUUGUUUCAUUGAGGCGGGAUACUUUGGAUAUCAAAGAACAAGAUUAUUAUGAAUCAGUGUACAAUGACAGUCAGGCACAGUUCAAUACAUAUGUUCAGGACGGAACCAUAAUGAAUAACUACGCUCACAUAUUUGAGCUUCUCACACGCUUGCGGCAGGCAGUGGAUCAUCCUUACCUUGUAGUAUAUUCUAGAACUGCUGCACUAAGAAGUGGAAACAUGGUUAAUAAUGACAAUAGUGAACGCGUUUGUGGUAUUUGUCACCAUCCAGCUGAAGAUCCUAGGGUCUCUGCUUGUGAGCAUGUUUUCUGUAAGACUUGUCUGAUUGAUUUUUGUGCUUCCUUGGGACAAGCCUCAUGCCCCUCAUGUUCGAAAUUACUUACUGUUGAUUUGACUAGAAAUGUGGAUGAUGGAGAUCAGACUUCUAAAACAACCAUCAAGGGGUUCAGAUCCUCAAGUAUUCUGAACAGAAUUCAACUUGACGAUUUUCAGACAAGCACAAAAAUAGAGGCUUUGAGGGAAGAAAUUAGGUCCAUGGUUGAAAGGGAUGGUUCCGCAAAAGGGAUUGUUUUCAGCCAGUUCACAUCAUUCUUGGAUCUUAUAAAUUAUUCCCUUCACAAGUCCGGUAUAAAUUGUGUUCAAUUAGUUGGAAGCAUGUCCUUACCUGCAAGAGAUGCGGCUAUCAAGAGGUUUACUGAAGACCCAGAUUGCAAGAUUUUCCUUAUGAGCUUGAAAGCUGGCGGUGUUGCUCUGAAUCUUACAGUUGCAUCACAAGUCUUCUUGAUGGAUCCUUGGUGGAACCCAGCUGUGGAGCGGCAAGCACAAGAUAGAAUCCACCGAAUAGGGCAGUUUAAACCAAUCAGAAUUGUGAGAUUUGUUAUUGAGAAUACAAUUGAGGAGAGGAUUCUGAAGCUGCAAGAAAAGAAGGAAUUAGUGUUUGAAGGGACCAUAGGUGGCUCUUCAGAGGCCCUCGGAAAAUUAACUGAAGAAGACUUGAGAUUUCUAUUUGUUACCUGAGCAGGAUUAUCCACUAGAUGAAAAGCAAAUUCCAGUUCUAAGCCUCAACUGCUUCCUCUUGUUUAUGGAUAUGCUCGCUUUAAGCCUAACAUUAAAUUAUCAUCAUCUUCCAGCCAAGUGUAUUACUACCUGGUGUAUGUUUGUUCCUUCGUGUAGGAGAUGAGCCGGCAUCAAAAGGUAAGCAAUCCUGUUAUGGAUUGAUUUUGGGUUACAUUUAGUGAUAUUUUUGCAAAUUCCUAUUUUCCAAUUAAAGAAAAUUUUACGUGUCCAUCAACUUUAGUUAUAUUGAAUAAAGAGUGUUGAUCUUA